AUUGAACUUUCUAUAUUAGAAUGAUUUUUGACCGAGAUGUAAAGAAUUAUGAGCAGACAACAGGAUAAUGUUGAUCAGAAGAAUCAGGCAAGGAUAUGUAACAUGUUCCAUGUAUUCCAAGAAUUCAUCCAUCCUAAAAUCUAUGAAUUUUAUUAUUAUAUGAAAUUAUAAUUCAUCCGUUAUAAAUCCACGAAUUUUAUCUGAAAUUGUUUAAUUUGUAAUCAAAUAACAAAACAACGACCACAACAGCAAUAAACAAAUUUAGUUAUAUCAAAACCCAGAAAUAUUUUAAAAAAUACAAAAAAACAAUAUUAAAAAUGAUUCGAACGCCUGCAUUAAAUAUUAUUGUUGGAGUAAGCGCCUUUAGCUUAGCUGGGAUUAUUAUGUAUAUAUGGUAUAAAAAUAGAGAUGACGAAGAAGAUGAAUUAGAUUCUCCAAAUGAUAUUAAAAACGAUAAAAAAAUAAAAAAUGGAACAAAUCAAAAAGAUAUUACAAUUAAAAUGGUUAUACCAAAUGAUAAAGUUCCAAUUAUUGUUGGACGUGGUGGAGCAAAUCUAAAAAGUAUUGAAAGUAAAGCGACAGUAAUAAUAACAUUUAAAGAUAAAGAUGAUCAUAAUCAAUUUUGCGAGAUACGAGGUACAACGGAUGCUGUUAAUUUAGCAAAAGAGUUACUUUCAAAAGAAAUGAAUCGAUCGUUAAAUGUCAAAGAGGAAAUUUUUGUACCGCAAAGUGCAUGUGGAAAAAUAAUUGGUCGUUGUGGAGAAUCGUUACAGGAAAUAUGUCGUAAAUCAUUAGCAAAAGUAUCUGUUGAUUCAGGUGAUAGAGCUGGUGAAAAUUCGACUCGAAAAAUUGUUAUAACAGGUAAUCGAGGUCAAGUUGAUGUUGCAAAGAAAUUGAUUGAAGAGAAAGUCAAAGAAGAUGAAGAAUAUCGUAAAAACAUAGAGGAAACUGAAUUAAAACGUGAACCUCGACGCAGUCCUACACAAAGUGUUUCAAGUUUGCAUUCAUCAAUGACUUCGUUAGCAUCAACAUCACAUUUACCAUCAAAAGAAAAAUUAAGUUUAAGUGAAUCGGACAAGCCGUUUGAAGUUUUUGUUUCAGCUAUUGCUUCACCAGCUAAAUUUUGGUUACAAUUAAUUGGUCCACAAACAAAAAAAUUAGAUCAAUUAGUUGAAGAUAUGACAGAAUAUUAUAAUAAUGAAGAAAAUCAAGAAGUUCAUAAAAUUGCUGAUCCAUAUUUGGGACAAAUUGUUGCUGCGUUAUUUAAAUAUGAUGGUAAAUGGUAUCGUGCUGAAAUUGUUGGAAUUUUACCAAAUGAAUAUAAUCCUCGGGAUGUUGUUCUUGAUUUAUAUUUUGUUGAUUAUGGAGACAGUGAAUAUGUUCAACCCCACGAAGUAUUUGAAUUACGAACAGAUUUUUUAACAUUAAGAUUUCAAGCUAUUGAAUGUUUUUUGGCAAAUACUAAACCAGUUGGUUCAUUAGAUGUUGAUAUAUGGGAUCCAACAUCAAUUGCUAAAUUUGAAGAAUUAACUCAUGUUGCGAGUUGGAGAAAACUUAAAUCAAGAAUUGUUACAUAUAAGGACCGACCUCGAGGUGGAAAUCAUAUAAGGAGGGAGGGUUCACCAGUUCCUGGUGUGGAGCUUUUUGAUAAUAUUGAAGGAACCGAAAUAAAUAUUGCUCAUAUGUUAAUAACGCAUGGUUUUGCGAUGCCAGAUUAUCCAGAAACACAAGCAAAUUAUAUACAAACCAAUCAAAUAGAAGAAACAUCAUCAGAGCACAACACGUCACAUUCUUCAAAUAAUGAACCUGUACCUCCGCCACCCCCACCAAGAACAUAUUCUCAGCACAUUGGAAAUAGUAAUGUUAAAUCACCAAUAAUGUUUAACGGCACAUCAAAAAAUAAUGGACAUUCAAUACUUAAUAAUACUAAAAUAGAAUCAGAAAACUUUUUAAAAACAGAGCAGUUAAAUGGCAAGCCAUUACAGCAUGGCUUUAAUAACACGUUGACAAAGGCAAAUCAUACAUUAAGUUAAAAAAGCAAACACAAAUAAAAACCUAACAAAUUUAUACAUAUUUUUUGAACCAGGAGUUUUUCUUCUUUGGUACAUAUGAAUAUUUGUGUCCAUUCUUAUUUUAUAAUAUAUUUAGUCAUAGUUCCUUGAAUUUUUAUAUAGAAAUUAUUAUUCAAAAAGGUUAGCUCAGAUUUGAGAUAUAUAGAAGAUUUAAGAUUUUUUUUAAGAUUUUUAAAUUGAACAUGUUUUUGAUAAAAUAAGCUUUAUUGGAAAAACUUGAUUAGAAAAAAAAAAUGAGAAUAGUUAUUAUUUUAUAUAACAGGUCUUUAGAUCUUGAAAUGCUAGAUAAGGGGCAUAUAAAUGGAAAAUUUUAUUCAUUUUUUUAUUAAAUUAAUUUUCUAAAGGAACCAUUAAAUGCAUGAGCUGUGGAAGUUCUACACAUAGAAUAAUAUAUAAGAGAAAAAAGAGUAGGCGAACAAAAUCCUUGUAUCUAAGACAUUCAUUUCAGUUCUUUACAAAUUUAACUAAAUAAUAUAACACAUAGAAACAUCGAAUUAUUCAAUUUAAAAAAAAAAGUUAAAAGGACGAUUAUCCUAGCUUAUGUUGGGAAACAGAUAGUAAAUAAAAUAAUUAGUGCGAAAUUUAGUUGACUGAUACCAAUCUAUUUAAUGAAAAAAUUUUAUUCCGUUUAAAUUUUACAGUCUUUAAAGAUAGAUUUAAUAGCCUAAACACGACAAUACAAUAAAUUACUUUAAAUCUGUUUAGCGAAAGCAAAACUGUGCGGCUCACCAAUUGUGCGGCAACAAUUGUUUUAAAAUUGCAACAAUUGUUUUAAAAUUGCAAAACAAUUGUUUUAAAAAAUUUGUGUGAUAUUGUGCAUUCAGCUGUCGUUUAUUAAUUAUUUAAGUAAUUGAUAAAUAAUUUCUCGAAGAAAAAAAUGGUUGUGAAAAGCUGCUUUUAGAAAAUAAUUUGAGCUCACCAAUUUGGUUGAAAAUUAAAGAUAAAUUAAUAUAAAAAAGUUAUACGUUAAACGUGCUUACUAUAUUUGUUAUUGAAAAAUCAUUGUGGUUAAAUACUAUUGAAUUUUCAUUUUUAUAGUUAGACAGGGUUUGAACAAUUUUGUACAUGAGUGGUUUUUAUUUUUCCGUAAAACGAAAUUCACAAAUGUUUAAACUUUCACCAAAUUUUAAUUAAAUCAAAUACAAUCCAUGAUACAAUUCUGAUAGUGUAAACCCUGACUAACAUACAAAAUUCUCAGACAUUAAUUAAAUUUUUAAAAAAUUUCAGAAAUUUAAGAAUUAAUUUUUUAUUACUAAAAAGAAAUUGUUUUCUUUAAGAAUAGGUUAACCGAUGUUUUUAAUUACUUUUAUAAAUAAAGGUAUUGUUUGAACUAAAUUUAUCCUAGAGGUGUUAUAAAAUAUUUAGUUUCAAUAUGUACUACAAAUGGCAAUUACGGAAAUAGUGAAAAGGCUUUGUAUGAAUUCAUAUUUCUAUAAUCUUAGUUUUAAAUAAUUCUUAAAAAUAACAAUUAAGCAAAAAUUUUUUAUGUAAUUUUAAAAACGAGAAAAUUGUGUCUUAAUAUUGAGAUAUUAAUAUUGUUCUAAAAAUACUUUAUGAAAAUAACUUGUCGAUAUAAGUAUAUCUGUCCCACUUUUACAAAAACUUUUGUGUAAAUAAAUUACAUAUACAUAUAUUUUGAAUUAGAUCAAAAACAUUUUCUGUAAUUUUUAAACUAAGUAAACGAAAAAAUUUAAUUUCAGAAAGUACAAUAUUUAGUUAUUAAGUCUAAUAUAAACAUAAGAACUCAAAACAAAUUUUAACAAGUCAAUAUAUUUUUAAAACAGAACUAAAUGAUUAUUGAAUAAACGAUGAUUCUAAUAAAGAACCAUCCUUAGUAAAUUUAAGUAAAAGUAUACGUCUAUUAUAUCAAAAUAAUUACACUCCAGAAUAUAAUAAAAAGCAAAAAAAAUCAACUAUCAUUGCGAAUUUUUUAAAAACUUACGUCACAAAACUUUUAAAAAUCAUGUUACAAUUUCAAAAUCACAAACUAUUUUCAUAGCUUUAAAAAUAGUAAAGAAAAAUGUAUGUAUUUAAAUUAAGAAAUAAUGCAAAAUACUAAAUGUAGAACAUUUUCCUUGUUAAUUAAAGUUUUGAACACGAAAAUAAAUAGAUAAAUUUAAAUAUUUAAAAUAUUUAAAUUUAUAUUUUUUUAAACUUAAUCUUAUUUUUCCUAGAUCUUCUAACUUAUUUUUCAUAUAAAAAAAACUAAAAGUUUACGAAGUGUACUAGAGCUACGAAUAUCUGCAAAUUUGUUCUAUGUUUUCGAUAUUUCACCGAUGUUUUGAAAACACUACUAAAAAGUCACUAUUGCAAGCCAUAUUUUCAGAGUACUUUUUAAAAGCACAUAUUUAAUUUAUACCAAAAUUAAAAAUUAUCUAUGUAUAUAUGUAUGUCUUGAUUUUACAUCUAGACGAUUUACAUACAUAUAUUAUAUGUACAAAUAUAUAAUUGAAUAUAUAAUAUAUGUAAUAUAUAUACAUCGAUCCACAAGAAAUGUAAUCUGUCUAUUUAUUUAACAAUUUAUUGUGCCAGAGUUUAUUAAGCGUUGAUGACAUCUAUUACUUUUUAGAAAUUCUUUCAAAAAACUGAAAGAUAAAGUCAUAUAUAUAAAUUAAUAUACCAGAAGUAUGUAUAUAAAUUCUUAUAUUCAGAUCAUUCAGAUUGUGAAUACGCAUAAUACGCAAAAAUCAAUUACGUAUAUAUAUGCAAAAUAAUAUAAACGAUAUCAAACAACUAACGUAAUUAUUGGACAUCGUAACAUAAUUUUGAAAGCGUUGCAUUGCAGUUUGAAAGGACAACAAAACGAAAAUGAAAAAACAAAAAUUAUAUAAAACGUUUAACUUAAACAACUAGCACUCACAUUGAUUUUCAAGCACACGCAGAAAAAAUGAAAUUAUCUACACAUAUUCUAUAAAAUAUCAAAAUUUACUUUUAAUAAAUUCGAUAUUUUAUAUAACUUUAAUAUUAAAUUAAUAAUAGAUAAAUUAUUAACACAAAAAAAAACAAAGAUAUUACGUUAAACAAUGUUAUUUUUAGUUUCACAUUAAGAAACUAAAAAUAUUGUCCAUAAAAAAAUAUCAUGCAAAAUGUAAUAUGGCAUAUUAUGUAUGUAUGUAUGUACUUGAAAAUUGUUAAAUAUUGUAACAAAUUAAAGAUCAAUCAAUAACCAUUAAUUAGCAUUUUUAAAUAUUUUAAUAAAAUAAGUAGCUACAUAUGUCACAAAAAGCAAAAAAAUAAACAUAGAUUGUACGAUAAGAACAUUUUAAACUUAAUUUUAAAAGAAACAUUUGCCUUUCAUAAAGCUAGCUAGCUGUUUAGUAAAAAAUAAAAAUUUAUAAGACUAUUUAUUUUGUAAGAAAUUUAAAUAUUAAAAUUCUUUACGUUUAAUUAUAUUGGCUAAAAUAUUAAAUGUAAAAUUUAUUUAAAUAAACCAUAUCAGUGGAAGAACCUAUUUGAUCAAAAAAAAAAAUAUAAAAAAUGAAGUCACAAACAAUUUAAUAUUAUUAAAAUUAUAUUUUUUAUUAUUACAAGUACAUACGGUCGAAAAUUUUUUAAUGAAAUAGGUAAUGAAACACGUAUUUAUAUACAUAUACAUAUUAUGUGAACAAUUCUCCUAACGAAGUAAAACAUAACAAUUAAAAUGUUACAAAAAUUUGUUUGAACGCUUGAAUACAAGUUUGACCAAAAUUAAAGUAUGCAUCUAGCUUAAAACCGGAUGAAUUCAAUAGCACGUAUAAAUUAUAAGAAUUAUAAAAACAUACUAAAAGUUUAUGAUAAAAUUUAAAUAUAUAUUUAUUUUGGUUGGAAACUUGUACCUUUAAAAUUAAAUUUAUUUUUUUAAAAUAUUUAUUCAAAUAAAUAAUUUCAAUAUUUUUUGAUAAAUUUAUAUAGUAAACAUUAAAAAAAAUAAGAAAUUGGAAAUUAAAGUGAGAUGUGCCAUUGUAUUAUAAGAAAUUUUAUAAAUUUUACUACAAAAUAAUUUAUAGAACGUGUUCCAUUAUUAUUUAAAAAGAAAAAUAAAACAAAACAAAAAAUUCUAUGUUUCAAAAAUAUUAAUUUUAUCUAUUAUAUUGAGUUUAAAUAUAAUUAUGUACUUACAGAGUUCAUCUUAUUUAAUUAAAUUCUUGUUUGAUUUUUGUAAAUAAAAUUAUGUUGUAC